UCGCCAUCUUGCUACCUGUUGCUAAGCUCUGUCCUUUGGGGGAGGCUUGCAGAUUGCCACAGUUGCUAUCUCCGUGUCCCGCCGCCGCCCUGGUGUGGUAGAUUUCUUGCGAAGGAGGAGCUGAGUGUUGGAAUCUGGACAUGGGGUUGGUGUCCUUUGAGGAUGUAGCCGUGGACUUCACCUGGCAUGAGUGGCAGGACCUGGAUGCUGCUCAGAGGACCCUCUACAGGGACGUGAUGCUGGAGAACUACAGCAGCCUGGUGUUCUUGGGGCACUGCAUGACCAAACCUGAAUUGAUCUUUAAGUUGGAGUGUGGAUUUGAGCCAUGGAUUGUAGCUGAAGAUUCAAUCCAGAACCUUCUAGGUGCCCAUAAUAUGAGUGGCCCAAUUGAAACCAGCCAAGAAAUUGAAGACAGUUAUUUGUGGCAAAUUGAAAUCACUAACAGCAAUACAUCAAGUGAAGAGAUGAUUGAAGUAGAACCAGAGGUUCAUGCAAAAAUAUACCAAGGGACAAAAUCCUGUGAAGAAAAAUCAUGUACAAAUGUGUUUUACCAGAAGUCACAGUACAGUGGGAGUCAGAUAUAUCACCCAUAUGAGAAACUAUGUAACUAUAAGAAAUGGAGGGAAGAGUUGGAUUAUAAGUCAACCCUCAUCCAACAGGAGAGACUCCAUACAGGUAACAAAUCCUAUGUGUGUAUACAGUGCAAGAAAACUUUCUACCAGAAGUCAGAAUUCACUUUGCAUCAGAGAACUCAUACAGGUGAUAAUCUUUUUGAAUGUAAAGACUGCAUGAAAAGUUUCCAGUACAAAUCACAGCUCGCCAAACAUCAGAGAGCUCAUUCAAGUGAGAAGCCUUAUGAAUGUAAAGAAUGUGGCAAAUUUUUCUACUGGAAAUCACAGCUCACUGUACAUCAGAGAUUUCAUAGAGAUGAGAAACCUUAUGAAUGUAAAGAAUGCAAGAAAGCUUUCUAUGUUAAGUCAGACCUUACUGUACAUCAAAGAACUCAUACGGGUGAGAAGCCAUAUGAAUGCAAACAAUGUGGGAAGACUUUCUACUGCAGAUCACACCUCAGUGGGCAUGAGAGAAUUCAUGCAGGUGAGAAACCAUAUGAAUGUAAAGAAUGUGGGAAAGCUUUCUAUUUCAAAUCAUACCUCACUAUACAUCAGAGAAUUCAUACAGGUGAGAAGCCUUAUGAGUGUAAGGAAUGUGGGGAAGCUUUUUCCUGCAAAACAAAGCUCAAUCUGCAUCAGAGAACCCAUACAGGUGAGAAUCGUUUUGAAUGUAAAAGAUGCAUGAAGGGUUUCCACUACAAAUCACAACUCAUUAGUCAUCAGAGAAUUCAUUCAGGUGAGAAACCUUAUCAAUGUAAGGACUGUGGUAAAGCUUUCUGUCUCAGAUCAGGCCUCACUAUACACCAGAGAACUCAUACAGGUGAGAAACCUUAUGAGUGUAAAGAAUGUGGGGAAGCUUUCUACCGCAAACCACUUCUCACUAUACAUCAAAGAUCUCACACAGGUGAGAAGCCUUAUGAGUGUAAAGAAUGCAUGAAGAUUUUUGAUUGCAAAUCAAAGCUCAGUGUACAUCAAAAAACUCAUAAGGGUCAGAAGCCAUUUGAAUGUAAAGAAUGUGGAAAGACUUUCUCCUGCAAAUCACACCUCAUUGGACAUGAGAGGAUUCAUACAGGUCAGAAGCCUUAUGAAUGUAAACAGUGUGAGAAAGCUUUCUAUUUCAAGUCAUCCUUGAAUGUACAUCAGAGAAUUCAUACAGGUGAAAAGCCCUAUGAAUGUAAAGAAUGUGGGAAUGCUUUCUUCCGAAAGUCACAGCUCACUGUACAUCUGAGAACACAUACAGGUGAGAAACCCUAUGAAUGUAAAGAAUGUAGAAAGACUUUCUCCAACAAAUCACAUCUCACUGUACAUGAGAGAAUUCAUAGAGGUGAGAAGAGUUAUGAAUGUAAAGAGUGUGGGAAAGCUUUCUAUGUUAAGUCAGAUCUUACUGUACAUUACAGAACUCAUACAGGGGAGAAGCCUUAUGAGUGUAAAGAAUGUGGGAAGGCUUUCUACUGCAAAUCACACUUGACCGGACAUCAAAGAGUUCAUACAGAUGAGAAGCCUCAUGAAUGUAAGGAAUGCGGGAAGUCUUUCCAUUGUAAUUCAGAACUCACUAAACAUGAGAGAAUUCAUGGAGGUGAGAAGCCUUAUGAAUGUAAGGAAUGUGGGAAAGCCUUUUAUGUCAAGUCUUACCUCACUAUACAUCAGAGACUUCAUACAGGUGAGAAGCCUUUUGAGUGUAAAGAAUGUGGAGAAGCUUUCUACUGCAAAGCAAAGCUCACUGUACAUCAAAGAAGUCAUACAGGUGAGAAUCGUUUUGAAUGUGAAGAAUGCAAGAAAGGUUUUCAUUACAAAUCACAAUUCAUUAAACAUCAGAGAAUUCAUACAGGUCAAAAGCCUUAUGAAUGUAAAGAAUGCAAAAAAGCUUUCUGCCUUAAGUCAGGCCUGACUAUACACCAGAGAACUCAUACAGGUGAAAAACCUUAUGAGUGUAAAGAAUGUGGGAAAGCUUUCUAUUGCAAAUCACACCUCACUAAACAUCAGAGAAUCCAUACAGGUCAGAAGCCUUAUGAAUGUAAAGACUGUGGUAAAACUUUCUAUUUCCGGUCAGGUCUCACUAUACAUCAGAAAACCCAUUCAGGUGAUAAACUCUUUUUAUGUUCAGAAUGUGGGAAGACUUUCUACUGGAAAUCACAACUCACUACACAUGAGAGAAUUCAUACUGGUGAGAAACCUUAUGAAUGUAAAGAUUGUGGGAAAGCUUUCUCCUGCAAGGGAAAACUCACGCAACAUCGGAUACAUCAUAUAGUUGGUAAAAUUUGAGUGUUGGAAAGCUGCAAGUUGUACCUCAGUAUAUAUCAGAGUAAUCAAAAAGGUGAGACUUAUCAAUAUAAUGAAUGCAAUAAAGCUUCGUACUGAAAGUCAAACUCAUUGUAUACCAUAGUACACAUGCAAACAGGAAAACUUACAAAUGUAGAUAUAUAGGAAUGCUUACUAAUACCUCAGUCUUCAUCAGAUACUUUAUACAGGUGAUUAAUCUUAUGAGCGUACAAAAUGUAAGAAAACUUUAUUUUGAAUUCUCAAUAUCAUAAACCUUCUACAGGCAAGAAACUGAAUAUGAAGAAUACAGUAGACCCUACUGUAAUAAGACACUGUGUAAUUGUUACUGUGUAAUUGUUACUAGUCAAUGAAUGUAUAUAAACUUCCUACCAUAAAUCAGACCUUAAUAUCAGAUAACUUAUAUUUGUUCAAGAAACCUUUUUUCAUUUUGAUCUCUGUACAUAAGAUUCAUGCUGUGCAAUAUCUUAUCCUAUUUUAGCUGUCAAGUUCAUAGAGCUUUGUAUCAUUUGAGAAGAGAGCUUCAAUAGAAAAAUUUCUUAAAUCAUAUUUGCCUGUGGGCAUGUCUGUGGGGGAUUGUCUGUUGUCACUUGUACCUUUCCUUGGGCAGAUGGUCUUUAGCUAUACAAGGAAGCUAACUGAGCCUGAACCUGAGCAUGCCAAGCCAUCAGUGGUCCUCCAUGGUUUCAGCUUCUAGUUCUUGCCCUAAUUUCUUUCAAUGAUGAACUGUAAGCCACAAACUCCUUUCCUCCCUGAAAAUGCUUUUGACCUGAGUGUUUUUCACAGCAACACUUAAUGAAUUCACAAAAUACAAUGUCAGGGAGUGGUAUCACAUAUUGCCUUGAAACCUACCAGGAGUACAGACAGGAAAAUAUGUUGGCUUAAGUUCACUUGGGUUUGUAGUGUCAUACUGAACUAUAUGAUCAUUAGGCCUGUAGAAGAGGCAUUCAGCACAUAUAACGUCAUUUAUAAAAGUGACUUGAUAUUUUAAUUUGAAAGUAUUAGUUGGGCUGGGUGUUUGGCAACAGGUGACAGUGUCCUUUUUUAAAUUCAAGAGUGUUCUUAUAGUCAUUUGUGUUGUUGUUUUAUGUGCUUAUUAAUCAGUUAUCACAAAAUAUAUGUAAUAAGGUAAAGUAAUAACCCUUAUUGCGAAUUUUCAGUGAAACGAGACUGUGUGUGUGUGUGUGUGUGUGUGUGUGUGUAUGAAAUGUAAACUGCUUGUAUUGGGAUUAAAGGAGUAUGGUUAAGGGAGUAGAUACAGAAAACCUGUUGCAUCACUGAAAUACCUACUUCUGUGUGGGUGAAGACUUGAGAAUGCAACAAUCCUGUUUUAGUUUUUGAGAGAAUUUUUUUCUGGAUCAUAGCUUGUCUUCAAACUGAUUUGUUCUCAAACUCUUCUCAUAUUCAUUACUGUCCUGUUUCAUCUUCCCAAUAAAUUGGAUUAGGGGUCUGUGUGACCAUGCCUAGCCUUAAUAAUGAACUCUUAAUUCAAUAAAGUUCAUAGUAAAA